AUGGCAGCGAUGCACGCACAUCCCGGGCACCCUGGAGGUUCGCGGAUGGCUGGCCCACCGCCCCUAGCACCUUGGUCACCCGACAAGAAGCACAGUGACCGCGAGCGAUGGGUUUGCAUCUAUCCUGCGUACAUCAAUCGUAAGAAAACAAGACAGGAAGGUCGCCGAAUCCCGAAACAGUGCUGCGUGGAUGAUCCAUCACCGCAGGAAAUACGAGAUGUACUGCAGGCAUUGAACAUGAACGUGCUGGUGGAGUUGAAACAGUAUCCACGAGAACGUAGCAGGGAACUGCAAUGUCGAGGCCGAAUUCGUGUACAGCUACGUAGUGACGAUGGUACACCGUUAAACUCGGAAUAUGCCUCAAGGGACAGUUUACUGAUGCAUCUAGGUAAGACCAUUCCGAUGUUGAAAAGUAGACAAACGAAAGCACCCGAACAAUCGCAGGCCGCUGCGUCCUCCAGUGCAGGACAUUCGCAAAAGAAGGGCAAAGGAAAACGUCGAUAA